CGGCCCCGGGGCCACUGGGCGGCCGUGCCUCCUGGCCGGGUGGAGAGGACGCCUGGUUCCCCAGGCUGCUCGCCUCCUCCUGGGGCUCUGCCAUGGGCUCGCGCAGCUCCCACGCCGCGCUCAUUCCGGACGUGGACCUCAUUCGCAGGGAGACUGGCUUCUCCCAAGCCAGCCUGCUCCGCCUCUACCACCGCUUCCAGGCCCUGGACAAGGAGGAAAAGGGCUUCUUGAGCCGCCGGGACCUCCAGCAGAUCGGGGAGCUGGCUGUGAACCCUCUGGGAGAUCGCAUUAUAGACAGCUUCUUCCCCAACAAGAGUCAGAGGCUGGACUUCGCCGGCUUUGCCAGGGUCCUGGCUUAUUUUCGACCUAUAAAUGAGGAAGAUGCAACAAUCCGAGACCCCAAGCAACCUGAACCCCUAAACAGCAGAAUGAACAAACUGCGCUUUGCAUUUCAGCUCUACGAUCUGGAUCGGGAUGGGAAGAUCUCCAGGAAUGAGAUGCUACAGGUACUCCGACUGAUGGUCGGGGUCCAGGUGACAGAUGAGCAGUUGGAGAGCAUCACAGACCGCACAGUGCAGGAAGCGGAUGAAGAUGGUGACGGGGCUGUGUCCUUCCUGGAGUUCACCAAGUCCUUAGAGAAGAUGAACAUCGAGCAGAAAAUGAGCAUCCGGAUCCUGAAGUGACCCCUGUGCCUUUGGCUCAUGUGGGAUCUCAUAAGCUAUAUUUUGCUAUGAAACUUUGUUUAGAACCAGGAAAGGAGUUGGAGGGCUGUGUGCUGAAGUCUCAUUUGGUCUCAGAUUUGUGAGACCAGGCAGUGAUUUGCCUGUAAGUGGCUGAAACCCAAUCCAAGUGAUAUGAGUAAAAACCUAAAUAAAAUAAAAUAAAAUAA